GUGCGAGGUAGCAUUCCAUUCCACGAGCACGACGGAUCUAGCUAGCUAGCUACAGCGUUACCUCAUAGGCUCAUACACUUCAUGGCGUCCAGCUUGAGCACGUCGAGGAGCAUGCCGGCGGUGUGCGCCGUGCUCAUCCUGCUGCUGCUGCUGUCUGCUGCCUCACGUUGCGAGGCUGACCUCCUGCAGGUGACGGUGGCUGGCCGGAGAAUGCUGGCCGGUGGGAGCAAUGUCGCCGCCGUCUUCUCGAGGGAGGCGGCGACGACCGUGGCGAGUAGCGCACGGCAGUCAGCAGCUGGAAGAGCGGCCAUGCCUUACUCAGAGUCCAAGAGGUCCAGCCCCGGCGGCCCGGACCCUCAGCACCACUAAUUAGGUAAGCUCGCACGAACGUCCAAGCGCUUGUCAAGUAGCCUGUAUCAGUUAAGGACGAUGUACGCAUGGGGUGGUAAGUUGGCAUCUACUGUGCCAAGAAAAAUGGGAUUAUAUGUUGCUCAAACAUGAGUUUUGUACUUCGUGUGUCUGAAGCACGCAAGGGAAAUAAAUGGUAUGUUUACUUGAUUUUUCA